AUGACAAUACCCCCCUCACUUAGCGAAAAGAAUUCUCCAGGCUACGGUGCCUCCGCUGUUCUCGAAUCCCAAGUCCACUCCGAUCCCUCACAGCCAGUAGAAGAUCACGAAGAACAUGGACUGCAAAAGGCGCUCAAGCCACGCCAUCUCAUCUUCAUCUCCAUUGGAGCGUGUAUCGGCACAGGCAUCUUCCUCGGUGUCGGCGGUGCGCUCAAAAAUGGUGGUCCGCUCGGCUUGCUCAUCGGCUACAGUCUCAUUGCGUCCGUUGUUGUCGCCGUUAUGCUCAUGGUCUGCGAGCUGACGACCUUUUUGCCAGUCUCGGGAGGUCACAUCCGUCUGGCAGGACGAUUUGUCGAUCCCGCACUUUCGGCUGCUAUGGGAUGGAACUACCUUAUCUGCUGGACACUCAUCUUGGCCGCAGAGCUGAGUGCUGCAGCUGUCCUGGUUUCCUACUGGAUCCCCGCAUCGCAAAUCAACCAGGCUGUUUGGAUCGCUAUCGGCUCAAUCGUCGUUUUGGCCCUCAACUCGUUCAGUGCUGGAGUGUAUGGCGAGGCUGAGUUCUGGUUCGCAAGUAUCAAGGUUGUCACCAUCAUGGGUCUUAUCUUCACCUCCAUCUACAUCACCUCUAGUGGUGGUCCGGAUGGAGGAUCGAUCGGAUUCGAUUACUGGAGAGACCCCGGUCCGUUUGUCCAGUUCCGUGGCAUCGAAGGCACCACCGGUCGCUUCCUUGGCUUCUUCUCGGUCCUCACCCAGGCCUCGUUUUCGAUGAUCGGGGCUGAAAUGCUAGCGCUUGCUGCUGCAGAGUGCCGCAACCCUCGUCGUGUCCUUCCGAUCUGCUUGCGAACCGUCUGGAUUCGAAUCGUUUUCUUCUACAUCGUCUCCGUCUUCAUGAUCGGUCUCAUCGUCCCUUCCAACAACACCCGUCUCGGCACAGAAAGCACAGCGGCGGCCUCGCCAUUUGUGAUUGCAAUGGAUGUCGCUCGUAUCCGCGUGCUCCCCCACAUCUGCAAUAGUGCAAUCAUUACAAGCGCCCUCUCGGCCGGUUGCUCUGAUCUGUACACCACCUCGCGAGCGCUCUACUCUCUGGCUCAAAAGAAGCAGGCACCCAGAAUCUUUACGCGCACCACCAAGAACGGCGUGCCACACUAUGCCGUCGGCAUCUGCUGGCUCAUCGGUUGUCUUGCCUAUCUAGGCAGCUCUGCAGGCUCCGGUGCUGUGUUCAACUUCCUCGUCAACCUGACCGCUCUGUCAGGCAUCCUUACGUGGUUCUCGAUCGCGAUCACCUACCUUCGCUUCCGAGCAGGCAUGAAAGCUCAGUCCAUCCCUCGCUCAUCUCUUCCCUGGAAGUCUCCCUUGUCACACUUUGCUGCGUACUGGACACUGCUCAUCAUUGGCGUUGUGCUCCUCUUCUCGGGAUGGGAGGUGUUCCGUCCGGGCAAGUGGAACUCGGCCAGUUUCUUCAGCAACUACCUUCCUCUGGCUUGGUUCCCAGUUUUCUACUUGGGCUUCAAGGUGCUCUGGAAGACCAAAAUUGUUAGUGCGGCCGAGAUGGACUUUGUAACGGGUAUCAAGGAGAUCGAGGAAGAUGCCAGAAGGUGCGACGAGGAGGACGCGCUCAACCAGCCCACAACGACCAUGGGAAAGAUUGCCAAGUAUUUCGAGUAA